AUGGAACAGUUGGACGCUGACACAGCGUUCCUCAACAGUGAGUUGGAGGACCGUGUCUACAUGGAGGUACCAAUUGGCGUUGAGAACGCUCAGAACUAUGUGUGCCAGCUGAACAAGGCCAUCUAUGGACUGAAGCAAGCUGCAAGUGCCUGGAACAAGACCAUUCAUCGGGUAUUUCUUGGGUACGGAUUCAAGAGCUGUGGUGCGGACCAGUGCGUCUAUGUCAAGCGUUCCAAGAGCAAUUUCAUUUACGUCUGUCUUUACGUAGAUGAUAUGAUCAUUGCGGCGAAGACUAGUGAUGAAAUUGAUGACGUGAAAAACGCACUCAAGAGUGUCUUUAAGAUGAAGGAGCUUGGACCGGCGAAAUUUAUCCUGGGAAUGGAGAUCGACCAUAACAUGACUGCUGGAACGCUUAUGAUUAAGCAAACGCGAUACAUCGAUGAUGUGGCAAAAUGGUUCGGGCAAGAGAACGCUAAUUCGGUUGACAACCCGUGUGCAACUGGUCUUAAGUUGUCAAAGUCGCAAUCGCCAGCAACGGAUGAAGAGCGAAGAAAGAUGCAAUCGAGACCGUACCGCUCCUUAAUUGGAUGCCUACUGUAUAUCACGACGUGUACUCGCCCGGACAUUUCAUUCGUGGUAACGCAACUUUCUCGUUUCCUGGAGAAUCCCGGGACGCAGCAUUGGGACGCUGCUAUACGUGUUCUACGCUACUUAAAGACGACUCGCCAGCACGGGAUCAUCUACAAAGGUGGUACUGGCAGCGUCACAGCUGAAGCCUACUCGGAUGCGGACUGGGGUUCCAACCUCGACGACAGGCGUUCUGUCUCGGGGGUUAUGAUCAUGAUUGGGAACGCUCCGGUGGUGUUCAAAUCUAAGUUCCAACGAACGGUUGCCCUCAGCUCAGCGGAAGCUGAGUAUAUGGCUUUAAGCCUAUGCGUUCAGGAAGUGCUAUGGACGCGUGCGAUACUGACGGACAUGGGAAUGGUACAAAUAAACGCUACCCAGAUAUGGGAGGACAAUGAAGGAGCGAUUGCUUUGGCCCAAAACGCUGGUUAUCAUGCUCGGACCAAGCAUGUGGACAUCCGUCAUCACUUCAUCAGAGAGACGAUCGAAGACGGGACGGUUGCGGUAGCGUAUGUGGACACCAAACAUCAAUUGGCCGACAUACUGACCAAGGCGCUAGGAUCCAAGACGUACAAGUUCCUGCGCGAUGCAAACAGUAUCCAGUGCAAAGAAACCAAGCAGUAG